AAACACGUGACAUAAGCUUAAUCUUGCAUUUCUUUGCAAGAAUGCGCCAAUUGACGACACACGACAGUAGGGCGUGGAGGCGUUGGCACUUUAUCAGUCAAAAAUUAAACAUGCAAUUCUAUGUUGGUUGCCAGCUUUCUCCGCUUCUGAAAGAUGGUUCAACACUUUGGUCAUCAUCAAAAGUAACUCUUUUCUAUAGACAUGGCCGGAUCAAGAACACCAUCUGUACGUGAAUCUGGAGCAACAACGCCUUUAACAGGUCAAGGUAGCUCCACUCCUUUGCCACCUCUCGAUAAAUCAGGUCAUCAAGGCAAUUAUUCUGAAGAACAGACAAAGAUUUUGUUGGAUUUUGAACAACAAUUAAAACAAGAAGAUUGUUUGAAGGAUGAUUACCUAUUCGAGACACCAGAUCAAAUUCAUAUCGUCUUGGGACGAUAUUUGCGAGCGCGAAAUUGGAAUAUAGAAAAUGCGAAAAAGAUGUAUAAAGAUACACUGAAUUGGCGAAAAGAGGUAAACAUUGAUCAAAUGGUGAAACCGAAAGAAGAGGGAGGAUAUGAUUUUGAAGAGAGGGAAAAGAUUGGAGAAUUAGGAUGGAAGAUGUACUUUCAUUCUACCGAUAAAUACCAUCGACCGAUAUUCGUGCAAGAUUUGAGUUAUCUACAGGUCCAUGAGGUAUUCCAGAACACAACUCCCGAUCGAAUCGUGAAAUUCUUUGCUCUGAGUUUGGAAGAUGCAGUCCGAAACAAGUAUCGUGCAUGUACGCAAUUAGCUCGCGAAGAAGCUCGAAAGCAAGGUGCAACAGAAGAAGAAGUCUCGCGAAUCAUUGUCGAUGAUAACUUUAUGAUCUUAAACGUAGCAGGAUUGGGAAUGUCAACGUUUUGGUCUUUCAAGAACAAAUUACAAGAACUCCUUGCAAUCCUGGAUGCAAACUAUCCAGAACUAAGUGGAAGAGUACAAAUUAUCAAUGCACCUUGGUUAUUUACCACGAUUUGGUCAUACAUCAAAGGUUGGUUACCUCCCGCCACGGCAGCCAAGAUUGAUAUUGCAGGAACGGAUUAUCAUUCAAUCUUGUUCAAGUAUAUCGAUCCAAAUGAAUUCCCUGAAUAUAUGGGAGGAAAAUGCAAAUGUGAAGGAUGUACGGGAGGAUGUCCCUUUAGCAAUCGAGGACCUUGGAAUGAUAAGAAGAAUACCACAUCUGAAACGAAAGUGACGAAUGGAGAAGCGAUUCAGUCCACGUGAUAACCAGAUCUGGCCCCACAAAUGGGACGGACGGCACAAUAUUCAUCCGUUGCCCAUUGUUCGACUUUAUGCGGAGAACAAUGGAAACAAUGUUAGCUUUAUGCAUGCAAUUCAAUUUAUAGACGGUAAAGCAAAUGUACACUAAAAUAAAUCUUCCUUUGUUUCAUUUCGCAAUUUUGUGCUAUCAAAUCAAUCUAGCAUACUUCUUUGCUUAUCUUAGGUUAGAGUAUGUAGUGAAAAGAUAAAGAAGAUAUGAUAGCGUAUUCUCUCCUCAUCUUUCCGAUUU